AAUAGAUUUCCCUCGUGGCGGUUGUCGUUAGCGCGCAAUCGUCAUCACAGACCUGUGCCCUCUCCAGAUGUUUAAUGCGUCGGCCUGGUCGCAUAAAUUCAUAUUAUGGAUGAGUAUUAUGCCUAUUCUAACAACAAUUGAAACACUCUUUCCACUGACUCGAAACCCACUCUAAUACUCAAACCACAUUUGAGAUUCACUUAGUGCGGGGCCAGCUAUCACAUCUCCAGGCAAUCUCAACUUAGCGACGACGACGACCGGCCACCACAUUUCCAUCAACUCGACAGUGACACGGAUUCUGGACCAUACCUCCGGUGCGGUCUGAAUCGCACAGGCUCACGGUUAUCUCCCGAGCCAUCCGUACGCCAUCUCUGUCCUCUGCGUUCUCUAGCAUCGUCUGGCAGAGAGCCUCGUCGCAAACAUGUCGAAAGUCAUCAGAAGCGUUAAGAAUGUUACGAAGGGAUACUCCAGUGUGCAGGUCAAGGUUCGGAAUGCGACCAGCAACGAUCCAUGGGGACCAACGGGCACAGAGAUGAGCGAAAUUGCUCAGAUGACCUUCAACUCGUCGAACGAGUUCUACGAGAUAAUGGACAUGCUGGACAAGCGAUUGAACGACAAGGGCAAGAACUGGAGGCAUGUUCUGAAAGCACUCAAAGUUCUGGACUAUUGUCUACACGAAGGCUCAGAACUCGUCGUCACAUGGGCACACAAGAACAUCUACAUUAUCAAAACGCUGCGAGAAUUUCAGUACAUCGACGAAGACGGCCGGGACGUAGGAAACAAUGUUCGAGUUUCUGCAAAGGAGUUGACUUCUUUAAUUCUCGAUGAGGAGCGAUUACGGAGUGAGCGCAGUGAUCGGAAGACCUGGAAAUCUAGAGUUACUGGUAUCGAGGAAUUCGGCGGCAAUGGACCUCACGAACGCCCUCAACGCCGAGAACGACCCCAGCGUGCGCAGCGUGCUGACGAGGAAGAUGCUGAAUACAGAUUGGCGAUCGAGGCUAGCAAGUAUCAGGAAGAAGAGGACCGCAAGAAGAGACAAAGCCGAAACGGCGAGCCAGAUGACGAUGACCUUGCCAAGGCAAUCAAGUUAAGCAAGGAAGAAGAGGAGCUUCGAAGACGGGAAUUGGAAGACCAGAAUGCUGCUUCUCUAUUCGAUGACGAUCCAAUUCAAAUCGCACAGCCUACUGGUAAUCAAGGAUACCAGCAGCAAACCCAAGUUGACUGGGCAGGCAACCCAAUUGAUCAGAGCAUGCAACAACAACCUACCGGCUACAUGAAUAACAUGUACACGGGUUAUCAAAAUCAGCAACCGACUGGUUAUCAGAAUGGAUUCUCCAACGGAUUUGGCGCACAGCCUACUGGUUUUGACCCUUACGGCCAACAACAACAACAAAUGCAGCCACAGCAAACAGGAUACAAUCCUUAUGGCCAGCAACCUGCGAGUUCGUUCCAGCCACAGCAACCUGAGCCACUUGUUCCCGCCAGCACUAACAACCCAUGGGCGAACAACAACCAGGCCCAGACUUUGAAGCCAACACCCACCGGCUCAAAUAAUCCUUUUGCCUCUGGUUUUGGACGUCCUCAAACAAGCCAUACUCCAGCCAAGCCCACACUUGCAACACUUUCAGAGCAGAAAACCGCUACAUUCAAUAACACUCCUUCAUACAACCCUAUCACUUCAUUUACACCACCCGCAAAAACCUCAUUCACUCCACCACCCGCAAAGGAAGAAAACCCUCAUCAUGCUAGGUUGAAUGCCUUACUGUCCACCGGAGAAGGCUUGGACACCUUUGGUAAUACAGGUGACCUUCGUAUCCCUGCACAGCACACUGCUCCCGGCACUUUCGUCAACAGUGCUGGAGCAGGAUUGAAUAGACUCAACGCACAGCAGACUGGUACCAACCCUUUCAUACACAACCAGUACACCGGAAUGCCCCAAACUUCGUACGGCAACAACUCGGCCGGAGGUUUUGCCUCGCACCAAAUGCCAGCUGCAACGGGCCCGGCGGGUAUGUCCAAUGGCUUUGGUAGUGGCUUUGGUGCACAGCAAGCCAGCAAUCCUUUUGGGACCAGAGCGCAGCAAGGCUCUAGUGGUCAAGGCGAUUUGAUACAAUUCUAGGAAACUGGAGCUGUCAGAGGGUGAAUUCUUGCUUUUACACUCUCGUUAAGAGUGCGACUUAGACACAUGCCUCCUAUUCUUCAAGCAUGCGUGCGAAUGAUACACUUCGUUGGCGGAAAUGGAUUGAUGGGCAUGACAAGUUAUCGCUAGGAUUGAGGCUUGGGGAUUUUCUAUGUUAUCUGUUAGAUUGAGAGACGUGAUCAAUUCACGCACGCAUGGCUUACCUCAUGAACAUAUUGUUGCCUGUGCCAUUUGCCCAA